AUGUAUUUGCAGUCGGUUCGUCUUUCUAGUGGUCUCAAGCGAAGCUUCAACUCCUGUCACUGGGGAAAAUUAGUAGAGCUCCCCAAGCCGGGAGAACCUGUGGAAGCCCCAGUCAUUUCAGAGGCAGAGGUUUUCGUUCCUUUCCAUUCUCGAGGAGAAAAGGGUCAAGAAAGAGAAAAAGAGACAUACACAAGCGUAAUCUUAUACACAGUAGAUUCGUCUGUUUAA